UCGCGAAGUUCUAAUAGUGAUAGUGCGCCGUGAUGUGUUUUGACAACUCUCUGCUGCAAUUUACCUACCGCUGCUGCCGCUGUGUAUAAAUAUUGUCUCUUUUCGUCUUCAUCGUCACCACUGUGUAAUGUGACAAUAUGAGUUGUAUACAUCUUGGUGUAUCGAUUACAUAACGUUAUUAUAAUAUUAGUCAGCCAACAGGACCGGUGCCGAAGGAUAUGCUAGACCUAAAAGCUCACUGUUGUCCACUUUACAGCGGACUGGACUCGCCAUUAAUCCCUUGGCCGGGGCUCAAGUUCGCGUGCGUCCGAAUACUUGAACUUUACGGCAAAGUCUUUGGGCAGGAAGAGCUUUGCGAACUUAUUAUUAGGAAAACAUGUGGUAGCUGUAAAUGCACGAAAGACUCGCACGAUGUGCUGCACGAGGAGUGGGUUAACGUACGGGACCGGCUUGGUUUCAAGCCCGUGCAAGACCCGGACAAGAGGGUGUCAAAGGAGAGGUCUUAUAGCCAAGGGUACUCAUGGGUUCCUCCUGGGUUGCCUAGUCAUAAGGUAGAAAAAUACUUCAACAGUUUACCGUCUAACAAAGUUCCUAAAUUGGGCACGUCUGGCGAAAAGUACAGAGAUAAGCAGGUAGUCGUACAACUACCGAAACAAGACUUAGCCUUGACUUACUGUAAACAUGUGGAACAAAGGCAUCAUCAGAGCUACGAAGACUUUAUAAAUGCUAGAAACGAGAUAGCAUUAGACAUCGGAUAUGCUAGAGAAUGUACUUACCAUGUGGAAUGUCCGAAAUGUAAGAAAAAUGUUGAACCAGGUGAAAUAGGAGUAUUUGCGUCUAAAUUUGGCGAUACAGUUUUAUGGCAUCCGACGUGUUUCACUUGUACCGAAUGCCAAGAGCUACUUGUCGACUUAACUUACUGUCUAUACGAAGAUCAUUUGUAUUGUGAACGUCACUAUGCACAACAAUUCAAACCAAGGUGUUCAGCUUGUGAUGAGUUAAUUUUCAGUGGAGAAUAUACUAAGGCUAUGAACAAGGACUGGCAUUCCGGUCAUUUCUGUUGCUGGCAAUGUGAUGAAUCGUUAACAGGACAGAGAUAUGUGCUCAGAGAUGAUCAUCCAUAUUGUAUCAAAUGCUACGAAUCUGUAUUCGCUAACCCGUGCGACGAAUGCGACAAGACCAUCGGGAUCGACUCUAAAGAUUUGUCAUACAAGGACAAACAUUGGCACGAAGCUUGUUUUUUGUGCAGCAAAUGUCGCGUCUCAUUGGUGGACAAACAAUUUGGAUCAAAAGUAGAAAAAAUCUAUUGCGGAAACUGCUACGACACUCAAUUUGCUGCUAGAUGCGAUGGCUGUGGAGAUAUAUUCCGUGCAGGAACAAAAAAGAUGGAGUACAAGACCAGACAGUGGCAUGAGAAAUGUUUCAGCUGUGUUGUGUGCAAGUCGGCUAUUGGUACCAAGAGCUUUAUACCCAGGGAUCAGGAAGUUUACUGCGCUACUUGCUACGAGGAAAAGUUCUCGACCCGAUGCGUUAAGUGUGACAAGAUUAUCACUAGUGGUGGUGUGACAUAUAAAAACGAACCUUGGCACAGGGAAUGCUUCACGUGUAGCCAUUGCAGCACGUCGUUGGCUGGACAGCGUUUCACGUCCAGAGACGAAAAACCGUAUUGUGGAGAUUGUUUCGGAGAGUUAUUCGCCAAAAGAUGCACUUCAUGUGUAAAACCAAUUACAGGAAUCGGUGGCACUAGAUUCAUCUCGUUCGAGGAUCGUCACUGGCACAACGAUUGUUUUAUCUGCGCCUCCUGCAAGACCUCACUGGUUGGUAGAGGCUUUAUCACCGACGCCGAAGACAUAAUUUGUCCGGAAUGCGCCAAGCAGAAGCUCAUGUAAACUCGUCGCACCUAAUCAACAUGACCACCAUCACCAUCAACCCUGCACUACAUCGUAUGACUAUACGUUAUGUUUAUCAACGCCAUUUUAACGUUACUAUAUUAUAAUAUGAUAAUGCAAUACAUACACGGAAAAAAAAAAUUGUAAAAAAAUAAUCUAUCGUCUUUACGGCUUACGCGAGGCACUUUUUAACCCAUCAACACACCUCUCGAUGACGACGCAAUGACGGAAAUAUUUGUUUGUCUGUUUAAUAUUUUUAUAUCCGGCACCGGAUCCGCGUUAUUUAUUUAUUUAUUUAUUUAUUCAUACGUUUUUAAUGUAUUGACACGUGUGCCUUAACGUUUCUAAAGUAUAUCGUAUCAGUAUAUAGAAAUCUAUUAGAUAUUGAUAAAUAUUUAUAUAUAUAUAUAUAUAUAUAUUAAUGUAA